AGAUAGUGAGCAGAGCUACUCGAAAAGUGAAGAAUCAGAAAAUCCACGAUUACCUUGGCGCUUAUCGGACACGCUAGACAAAGACAAACAGGAGGAAGGACAAUCACAGAGUGAAGUGGAUGAUGCAGAACAAAGCAGACCUUCCAUUGACGAUGAAACCUGGUUGGCUAUUGACGACGAAGUCACAGAUAUAACGUCCGACUUUCAUGCCUUCUGGAAAGGUGAAGGCAAUAUCAAGUCCAUCCGAGAGGCUCAAGCUAAGGUAAUGCUAAAGUACAUGGAUCGUACUGCGGACCCGUGCCAGGAUUUUUAUCAAUACGCAUGCGGCAACUGGGCUAAACGUAAUCCUAUACCCAAGGAUAAGGCCGGAUAUGACACUUUCGAAAUGCUCCGGGAAUCUCUAGAUUCCGUUCUGAAAGAACUCCUAGAGGAACCGAUACUUCAGUCUGCAAAGGCUAAUCCAGAUGAUGCUACCGUUAAAGCAAAACAUCUUUUCAAGAGUUGCAUGAACUACGAGGUCUUGGAGCAACGUAUGGAGAAACCAUUGGUUGAACUCCUCGAAGAAUUGGGCGGUUGGCCAAUUUUACGACCUAAUUGGAAUUCAGAGAAGUUCGAUUGGCUCCUUCUUGCUGCCCAACUUCGACUUUAUAACAACGACAUUCUUAUUUCGGAAUGGGUAGGACCUGACAUCAAGAACAGCGACCAAUAUGUCAUCCAGUUUGAUCAAACAUCCCUUGGGUUACCAACCCGAGAUUAUUUUCUUCAACCAUCAAAUUUCAUCUACCUUGAAGCUUACAAAAAUUACCUGAUUAAAAUUGCAACCCUUCUUGGUGCUCCGACUGAAAACGCUACGAUCCACGCUGAUGAACUCAUUGAAUUUGAAACAAAAUUAGCAAAAAUCACCUCAUCGCCCAACGAAAGAAGAAACGUAUCAGAACUGUAUCAAAGAAUGACGAUUGGGGAAUUGAGAACAGUUAUUCCGCAAAUCGAUUGGCAUCGAUAUUUGACAAUUGUCUUAGCGAGACCAGCCAAUAUCUCGGAACCAGUAGUGGUUUUUGCUCUCCAAUAUAUCCAAGACCUUGUAAAUCUGCUUUCAAGGACACCACCGAGGAUAAUCGCAAAUUAUCUGCUGUGGCGCUUUGUGAGACACAGAGUGAACAAUCUGGACGAUCGUUUCCAGGAAGCUAAACAGAAGUUUUAUUUCAUUUUAUUUGGAAGAGAACAAGCUCCAUCGCGAUGGAAAAACUGUAUUGCUCAAGUUAACUCUAAUAUGGGUAUGGCCGUUGGCUCAAUGUUUGUUAGAAAAUAUUUCGAUGAGAAUAGUAAAAAUGACACGCUAUCAAUGACCCGAGAGAUACAGCAAUCGUUCCUCGAAUUGUUGAACAAAACUUGCUGGAUCGACAAUGAAACAAAACAUUUAGCUGGUGAAAAAGUUGACGCCAUGCUUCUGAGAAUAGGUUACCCAGAUUUCAUUCGUGAACCUCGGUUACUGGACGAGCGCUACAAGGACGUUAUUAUCCGACCAGACAAAUAUUUUGAAAAUACCCUGAACAUUCUGCAACAUUUGACCAGAGUUGAGCAGGAUCGCCUUGGUAGUCCCGUUAACAAGACCUUGUGGAACACAGCACCGGCCGUGGUGAAUGCCUAUUACAGUCGAAAUAAGAAUCAAAUAAUGUUUCCAGCUGGCAUAUUACAGCCACCCUUCUACCAUAGAUUCUUUCCACGCAGUCUAAAUUAUGGCGGCAUCGGUGUAGUCAUUGGACAUGAAAUAACGCACGGCUUCGACGACAAAGGUCGACUCUUCGACAAGGAUGGAAAUCUUCAUCGCUGGUGGAAAGACGAAGCGAUCGCUGGAUUUCAUCAGCGAGCCCAGUGCCUGAUUGACCAAUAUAGCAGAUAUACAGUGAACGAAGUUGGAAUGCAAAUUGAUGGCAUCAAUACUCAGGGCGAGAAUAUAGCUGACAAUGGUGGCAUUAAACAAGCUUUUAGGGCCUACGAAAAAUGGUUAAGCGGAAAUGGAAAUGCAAAUGAGACUUUGCCCGGAAUAGAUGCUAAUGGAAAGCAACUAUUUUUUCUUAAUUUUGCGCAAGUGUGGUGUGGUUCAAUGAGGCCUGAGGCUACGAGGAAUAAACUGAAAACCGCCGUCCACUCGCCAGGAAAAUUUCGAGUAAUCGGAACAUUGUCAAAUUCCAAAGACUUCGCUCAAGUGUUUGACUGUCCCAUCGGUAGCCCUAUGAAUCCUGAAAAAAAGUGUCUAGUUUGGUGAAUUUAGCUAAUCAAUAAAAAAACUAAGAUUAUUAAACAUAAGCUAUUUAAUAAGUAAGAAGGAAAAGUACGAAAACAACUUCUACAUUUUUUUUUGGGAAAGCUCAAUUCGUUCCAAAUUUUUUAUUAUAACAUUCAUUUGAACAAAUGUAAAUGGUAUUACAAUAUUUGAAACUUAAUAUUUUUCAAGAACUUAUCCUACAUCCAUUAUUUCCAGUUCAAUAUAAUUCGAAAAUGUUUUCAUUUUGCUCUACUAGCGUAAUACUACGUUUUGUAAAUGGUAAAUAUCGGAAUAAAUAAAACAUGCUUAAUGACGUACGGUUAUAA